AAAAAAAAACAUUUGUUGGCUUCUCAUGCUUCUCUCUUCUGUCAACAAUCUCUCUCUCUCUCUCUCUCUCUCUCUCUCUCUGUGUCAAAGAGGUGAUUCAGAAACAACCCAGAAAGCUGAGCUACUUCCAUAUUGGGAGACGGACAAAAUCCAAGAAAGAUUCUGAGCUGAAAAUAUUUCUUUUUACACAUCGCUUGGUUUUGGUUUAGUUUGAAGAAAAAGCAGAUCCUAAGUUUCCGGAACAAGCAACUUUUGUCAAACCAAUUCAGGAAUCUGAAAGAGAGACUAUUAUGAGCCUUUUGUAUAGUCCUAGUAUCAAAUAUGUAGAUGGGGAGCUGACAAAGAACCACCCUGCAGAAUUCAUGUUGGACUCAAAUAUUUACCAUCAACGAGAACAAGAAAUGCAGCAACAAAACCAGCAAAAUCAGCAUAAUUCUGGCCUAAUGCGUUAUCGCUCUGCACCGAGCUCAUUGCUCGCAAGCCUCAUAGAUUGUAGCAGCAAUGGCGGCGGUACUGUCGGAUGUGAAGAUCGCCGGUAUCUUCCAUCCUCGAGCCCCGAGGAGGCGACAAUGUUGGCAAGGUUCAUGUCACCGUGCAAUGAUCAGAUGGUUUUCCAAGCUGAGCAACAAGUACAAGCUCUGCCAAAUCAUAAUCCAGUGGAUAGAUCUUUUAGUUUUCUGAACUCUGUGGGAUUGGAGGAUUCAAUGAAAGCAAAGAUGGGUGCUGCAGGAAAUCGGUCCAUUCCUCUUAGGCAAAGCAGCUCUCCAGCUGAGCUUUUUGCUGAAUUAACCAUGGAUAACGGCUUUGGUGUGAUGAGGAAUGUGGGAAAUUUUAGAGCCUGCAAUGGGGAAGCCAGCCCGUCAAUGAAUAAGUUGAAUGAUGAUUUAAGCUUCUCAGCUGGGCCAUCUCCUUGCUCAAGCCAUAUGUCUCAGAUUGCUGAGAUUGGGAAUGAAUUAAGUAGACCUCCGGAGGAUCAAAGUUUGGGAAAUGCUGCUGAUAGCCAUCACCAUUACAUUCCCAGCUUCACAAAUGAUUCUUGGAAUGGAUCUCCAUUCAAUGGUCUAAGAAUAACCAGAGACAAUGAGGUUAAAGUGUUCCCAUCUUCAAAUUCAUUCGAUACUCGGGAUCCAGAACCCAGAAGCAGAACCCAUGGAUUGACUCAUCAUUUGAGCUUGCCUAAGACUUCCAUUGAGAUGGCCACCAUAGAAAAGUUUUUGCAAUUUCAAGGUUCUGUUCCUUGUAAAAUCCGAGCCAAAAGAGGCUUUGCCACCCACCCACGAAGCAUUGCAGAGAGGGUGAGAAGAACACGAAUAAGUGAAAGGAUGAGGAAGUUGCAAGAGCUUUUUCCAAACUUGGACAAGCAAACAAACACAGCAGACAUGUUAGAUUCGGCAGUUGAGUACAUUAAAGACCUUCAGAAACAGGUUAAGACGCUGGCGGAUACAAAGGCCAAGUGCACGUGUUCAAGAAAAAUGAAGCAAUAUUCGGAUCAAUCUGACUGAUUUGUUUCUGUACAGAGUGUUAGGAAGAUG